CAUUUGAAUCUUCCUAAAUUUGUGGGGGAUAAACAGGUGUAUGAUGGUGCAGUAGGCGAUGUGACCAUAACCGUGCAACGAGUUACAGUCGCAGACUUUACGGUGCCAUACACACAGUCUGGUGUGUCUAUGCUUGUGCUUACCGAGGAUGAACCAAACACCAUUAGUUGGACAUUUGUAAAGCCAUUGAGUAAGAAUCUUUGGUUUGCAACUAUUGCCUUCUUAUUCUAUACUGGCUUUGUUGUGUGGAUGAUUGAACUACCCACAAAUCAGGAGUGCCAAGGAUUAAGUUUGACACAGUGUAGCACUGCCCUCUACUUUGUUUUCUCAACCUUGACGUUUUCUCAUGGUCAAAGUAUUAGAAGCCCCUUGACAAAAAUUGUUGUGGUGAUAUGGUGCUUUGUUGUGUUGAUUCUAGUACAGAGCUAUACAGCUAGCUUGUCAUCCAUGUUGACUGCAAAGCGGCUCCGCCCUAGGGUGUCAAAUCUAGACCAACUUCAACGGAACGGCGACUUUGUAGGAUACCAAGAUGAUUCAUUUGUGCGGUCCUUCUUGAUAAAUCGUCAUAAUAUCAGUGAAAGUAGGUUAAGAAACUACAGCACCAAAGAAGAAUAUGAUGUUGCUUUAAGGAAGGGGUCCAAGAAUGGAGGGGUGUCGGCCAUCGUCGAUGAGAUCCCAUAUUUAACUUCUUUCAUCUCUGAUAGUCGGUACAAAAAGGACUUUAUGAUGCUUGGGUGCAUAUACAAGACCCCUGGAUUUGGUUUUGCAUUUCGUCAAGGUUUUCCGCUAGUACAUAACCUUUCUACUGCAAUCCUAAACCUAGCAGAAGGGGUUAGUGGUUCACAAAUAGAAGUUAAAUGGUUCGGCAUAACUUUACCAUCGAUUGGUGCUAGCACAAUUUCUGAAAGUGAUUCUGCGCCUCUCACAUUACAAAGCUUCUCCGGACUCUUUGUGAUCACUGGAUCCAUUUCAACUCUUAUGCUACUGAUAGGCAUUGUGAAGUUGUUUAAUGACAAAAGCAACACCUCUAGAAACACUCUUCGUGACCAACCCCUUGGUGAAGCUAGCAAUGAUGAUACAAAUCGAUACAAUAGUGACGAGGAUUCCCAUUCGAUACGAAUGAGUGUGGGCAACAACCCCGACCCUGACCAACAACCUCUUCGUGAAGUUAGCAAUGAUGAUUUCCAAGGUGUCCACCGGGAAGGUGGAAAUGAUGGGGGUGCCCAGCCUGAUCUAAUGGAGCAGAAUGGCAUGCACAAUGGCUCUAUGCCUGCAGGACACACUCAGAUUGAGAUGAGCAAUGUCUGA